GAUUUUUAGAUGAAUGUAGUACUGAGACAUUUGAUAAGAAAAUAGAUGAUUACCUUCGGUGCCUCGAUAUGAUAAGUAGCAGUGAGAAAGGCAAGAGGAAGAAAAAAGCGGACUCUCUUCUUGACCGAUAUAAAAAGGCAAUUGAGAUUGUUGCUAAUUUCUCGAAUUUUCUAUUUAAGGGUACUCGAGUUGAUCAUAAACUGGCACGAAAAUGUGAUAAAGAACGCAUGAAUAAGCAGAUUCUUCUCAACCAACCAGCAUUUACAGAAAUUGCGAGUGGCGGGAACAUCUAUGGUGGAACGAUAAAUAGCGGUAUCAAUUUAUCUAAAAGAAAUAAUGAAGAGGAGGAUAAUGAAGUUCCGGCUAAGCAGACAAAAAGAAAACUGCGCAAAACGAAAAGUGGAAGAAAAAUUCCUGAUUACUGUGAACUUUCCGACAAAAAGGAAAACGAAAUUAAAUCGGAUAUUAAAGAGUCAUUUGAUAAAGAAUAUGGUAAAAUGAAGGAUCAUCUAAAAUGGAAACUCAGCUGUACAGGUCGAGUUGUAGAGGAUAUUUUAUAUGAGUGCAUGUCUGAUUUUACAUCAGAACACUUAAUUCAUUCCUUUACUAUAGACAUAGAUGAUCCAAUAAUCCAAGGAAUCUUUUUUCCUCGGGAAUUGCAAGAAAUUGAGGAAACGAAUGUCAAAGAAGAUCCGGACUUAAGCUCCAAACUUUAUGAAAAUCUGGCACAAAUAAGAAAAAUCAUGAAAGAAAUUGAUCACGAAGAAUACAACUUUGAAGCAGAUACCCUUAAGUAUUCAGUUCACAGCCUAGUACGACAAUAUGAACGUACUCCAAAUACUUUCUCUCUAGACCAUUACGAAGCAUGGUACAACGUUAAUGUCUGGGGUCCCAUUAUCGAUAGAACCUUUGAUAAUAUACCAAAUGUUGAUAUUGCUCGGGGUGAAUCGGCAAGCCUCGCAAGCUCCGAUCGAAAAAACAGAAAUCGUACUAUGGAUACCCGAAAAAAAAUGGGCAGAAAAGGUGAUGCAAUAAUUAGAAAGUUGUCAGGGGGGAUGAAACUUGAAUUUGGAGGUUCCGAAGCCGGAAAACACUACGAGGGACAAGGUGCAACCAA